AUGAUCACAAAUAGAAAUCGAUUGCACAACUUGCUAAAAAUCACAAUCCCGCAGCAGCUGGGGGCCAACACAAAAGGAGAGGCAGUGUCCUACAUCCUGAGGAUCGAGGGCAGGCUGUACACCAUCCACCUGCAGCAGCAUGCCUUUUUAUCUGAUGAUUUCCAGACUUACGUGUCCGGUGAGCAGGGAUCUUUGUACUCUGAUUCUGCCCACGCUGAGGGAGGCUGCCACUACUGGGGGUACAUCGAUGGCUUCCCCAGCUCAGCAGUGACCCUCAACACCUGCUCGGGGCUCAGGGGUUUGCUGCAGUUUGAGAACGUGAGCUACGGCAUCCAGCCCCUGGGCUACUCCCCUGCCUUCCAGCACGUGCUGUACCGAGUGAGUGAGGAGCAGAUGGCACAGGCCCUCCGUGCCCACAGCCCCCCCGAGGCAGGGCUGCCAGCCUGGCAGAUGCUGGACAAUGCCCCCGGGGAGGAUGAGCCCCUCUCGGCCGCUGCACAAUCUCCCAAAUACCUCACGGUGUACGUGGUUUUGGACAAGGCUUUGUACAACUAUAUGGGAUCAGACCCGAAUGCUGCGACACAGAACAUAAUCCAGGCCUUCAACUUAAUCAACAAUAUGUUUAAUCCCCUUAAUGUCACCAUUGUGCUGUCCUCCCUGGAGCUGUGGGCAGAGGGGGACAAAAUAUCAACAGCAGGGGACACAGAUGACCUUCUGCAGCGAUUUUCACAGUGGAAACAGUUGUCUCUGGAGCCACAGGCCCACAACAUUGCUUCUCUCUUAGGGUACAGGGACCACGGAGCCCUGGUGGGCGCAGCGGCUCCAGGAGAGGCAUGUCAGAGAGAUGCUGCUGCCACGGUGGCCCUGUACAACAGGAACGUGACCCUGGAGUCCUUCUCCGUCCUCCUGGCGCAGGUGCUGGCCCACAGCCUGGGCAUGAGCCCCGACAGCCCCCGAGGCUGCAGCUGCCCCGGGCGCGUCUGCACCAUGAGCCCUGAGGCGCUACAUUUCAGCGGGGCAAAAUCCUUCAGUAACUGCAGCAUCAGGGACUUUGAGACCUUCCUGAAGCAGGGCAGAGGCUCGUGCCUGUUCGGCAGCCCCCGGCUGAUCCGCCUGUCCCGCCAGAGCGAGGCCGUCUGCGGCAACGGCGUGGUGGAGCCGGGCGAGCAGUGCGACUGUGGCACAGAGCAGGAAUGCCUGAAGGACAAGUGUUGCACUAAAACGUGUAGGCUGAAGCCAAGAGCAAGAUGUGCCACUGGAUUAUGUUGUAGAAAUUGUCAGUUCAAGCGGAGGAACUCGCCGUGCCGCCCGGCCGCCGAUGCCCAGUGUGACCUGCCCGAGUUCUGCAGCGGCUCCUCCGCCUCCUGCCCGCCCGACGUGUACGUGCAGAACGGGCAGGAGUGCGGCCACGGCACCGGCUACUGCUACGGGGGACGCUGCCAGUCCCCAGACCUGCAGUGCAAGCAGCUCUACGGGAGAGAUUCAAAGAACGCUCCCCUGGUGUGCUACGAGGAGAUUAACAGCCAGCGGGACAGGUUCGGGCACUGCGGCUUCAAGGACGGACGAAACUACCGGCGCUGUGUUUGGAGGGAUCUCAGGUGUGGGAAGUUAAUCUGCACGUACCCAUCCCACAAGCCCUUCUCAUCCCCCGCCGCCGCCGUGAUGUACGCCCAAGUGCGGCAUCACCUGUGUGUGACUGUGAACUACCUGAACGUACCCACAUGGCUGGAUCCCCUUCUGGUUCCUCCAGGGACAAAGUGUGGCUCUGGAAGGGUGUGUAUAAACAACACAUGCCACCCACUCUCGGUGCUGGGACAGAACUGUGACAGCAAAGAAAACUGCCACGGCCAUGGCGUGUGCAACAACAAGGGCAACUGCCACUGCAAUCCGGGCUGGCAGCCCCCCGACUGCCGGAGGAGGGGGUCACGCCGUGGGGGCAGCAGGGACAGCGGGCUGCAGCUGACAGAGGGAGGCCUGCAGCGGGCACUGGAGGAUGCUGAGAUGGCCUGGCUGGUGCUGGGCUCCAGCCUCGUCCUGCUGCUCCUGACGGCGGCCCUGGGGCUCGGCCUGUGGCGGCAGCAGGUGCCAGGCCAGCGCUGUGAGGAGCAGGCGCUGGGCACCGAGGGCACCAGGAGGGACACGGACAGGGAGCUGGAGAGAGACCUGGAGCUAAAUUGGGAGCCAGACCUAGAGCUACAUCGGGAGCCAGACCUGAAACGAAAUCGGGAGCCAGAUCCAGAGCUCAGUCGGGAGCCAGUCCUGGAGCCAAAUCUGGAGCCAGAUCUAGAGCUCAAUCGGGAGCCAGACCUGGAGCCAAAUCUGGAGCCAGAUCCAGAGCUCAGUCGGGAGCCAGACCUGGAGCCAAAUCUGGAGCCAGACCUGGAGCUACAUCGGGAGCCAGACCUGGAGCCAAAUCUGGAGCCAGAUCCAGAGCUCAAUCUGGAGCCAGACCUGGAGCUAAAUCAGAAGCCAGACCUGGAGCCAAAUCAGAAGCCAGAUCCAGAGCUCAAUCUGGAGCCAGACCUGGAGCUACAUCGGGAGCCAGACCUGGAGCCAAAUCUGGAGCCAGAUCCAGAGCUCAAUCUGGAGCCAGACCUGGAGCUAAAUCAGAAGCCAGACCCAGAGGUGGCCCCGGAGCUGCAGACAGACGUAGAGCUAGAGCCGGAGCUGGAGAUGAAGACAGACACGGACCCAACACCAGCGCCAGCGCUGGGGCAGCACCACGGGCACUAA